AUGCUAUCGUAUCGAACGAAAGGGUAUAAUGGAUAUGGAAUACAAUAUUCACCAUUUUUUGAUAAUAAAUUAGCAGUAGCAACAGCAGCAAAUUAUGGAUUAGUUGGAAAUGGUAGAUUAUAUAUUUUAAAUAUAGAACCAAAUGGUUCAAUAAUAGAUCAAAUAUCAUGGGAAACUCAAGAUGGAUUAUUUGAUUUAUCAUGGAGUGAAAUUCAUGAAAAUCAAUGUGUUGUUGCAAAUGGUGAUGGAUCAAUAAAAUUAUUUGAUAUAAUGGUACCAAAUUUUCCAAUAAUGCAAUGGAAAGAACAUCAAAGAGAAGUAUUUUCAAUAAAUUGGAAUUUAGUUGAUAAAACUAAUUUUGUUAGUGCAAGUUGGGAUGGAAGUAUUAAAAUUUGGUCACAUCAAAGACAAGAAUCUAUGUUAACUUUAAAUCCAAGUGGUGUUGAUUUAACUACUAAAGUAAUACCACCAACGACGUCAUCACAACAACCACCACCACUACUGCAUCAACCACAACAUCAAUUAACUCAACAACAAAGUGGUACAUCAACAUGUAUAUAUUCAGCUCAAUUUUCACCACAUUCACCAUCAACUAUAGUAUCAUGUACAGGAGCAUCACAAGUUCAAAUAUGGGAUAUACGAUCUCCUCAAGCUUUACAAUUACAUUUUGUAUCACAUAAUGGUUUAGAAACUUUAUCAAUUGAUUGGAAUAAAUAUAAAUCAACAAUAAUAGCAUCAGCAGGAACAGAUAAAUCAAUAAGAAUUUGGGAUUUAAGAAUGAUUUCAAAAUUAGAUCAACCUUUACCUCAACAUCCAAUGCCAUCUCAUCAUAAAUUUGGUCCAUCACCAUUAAAUGAAUUAUUAGGUCAUGAAUUUGCAGUUAGAAAAAUUCAAUGGUCACCUCAUGAUUCUCAAGAAUUAAUAAGUACUUCUUAUGAUAUGACAUCAAGAAUUUGGAGAGAUGAAUCAAAUGAAAAAGCAAGAUUUUUAAAUAAUAAAAGUGGUGGACAAAAAGGAAUAUUUGGUAAUCAUAGAGAAUUUGUUAUUGGAUGUGAUUAUAGUUUAUGGGGUGAACCAGGAUGGUGUGCAACAACUGGUUGGGAUGAGAUGGUAUAUAUAUGGGAUUCAAAAAGAUUAUAG